CUUUCAUCAAUCAAGUUCAAAAAGAAAACAUUUCUGCUUUGUUUGGGCCAGUUUGCUCAGAGGCGGCCGAGGUUACAGGUUUGCUUGCUUCUCAGUGGAAUAUUCCCAUGUUUGGAUUUGUUGGCCAAACCGCCAAGAUGAGUGACUCAUUUCUUUAUGACACCUAUGUCAACCUUGUCUCACCAGUGCAUCUGAUAGGUGAAGUACUGCAUAAAACCCUUCAGUAUUUUGGGUGGAGAUAUGUUGGUCUCUUUGGAAGUUCAUAUGAUGCAUUUAUGUCAGAUGAAACAGAGGAAUUAUGGACAUCUAUAGAAAACCAAAUCAAAUUCAGUAUAACAAUCACUGCGAAGGUGAGAUACAAUACACAAGAUCAAAGCCUUCAUGAACAGAAGCUCAACUAUAUAUCAUCUGUAGCCAGAAUUAUUGUUUUAAUCUGCAAUUCUUUGGAUGCAAGAUCCAUUUUGUUACAGGCCAAAGAAUUAGGUAUGACAAGUGGACCAUAUGUGUUCUUUGUUCUACAACAGUUUGAGGCCUAUUUUUUGGAAGAGACUUGGAAUAAUGAAAACACCAGCAUCUUAGAUGUUUAUCAGCCUGUAUUUUUAAUAGCUCUUAGGUCUUACAGGGAAUAUAAGACCUAUUCUGAUUUCAUGAAGGAGCUCCAUGACAAAUCGAAGGAAAAGCAGCCCUCUUACAGUUUAUUCUCUUUACAGGAAAAGGUAAAUUCUUAUGCUGCCUACCUUUAUGAUGCUGUUUUGCUUUAUGCAUCAUCUGUAAAAGAAAUGUCAGAAGACAAAAAGGAUUUCCAUGAUGGAAGGGCACUUAUUAACACUUUAAAAGGCUAUAAUAAAACCCCUCUGUAUGGCAUCACUGGCCCUGUGCAAAUUGAUGAAUUAGGUGAGAGAAAAAUGGAUUACUCUGUGUAUGAUCUUCAGGUAUCUGGAAAUUCUACUCACUUCAUUCCAGUUCUUAACUUUGAUAGUUACAGAAGAACAGUAAGUCCCACUGCAGAAAUGAACUACAUCAGUUGGUCAAAUGGAGAAAUUCCUAAAGACAAACCAGUUUGUGGCUUUCACAAUGAGCAUUGUAAAACUCAAGCUAUCAAAGGUACAGCUCUGGUUGUUACAAUUCUCCUGAUAAUAACCAUAUUGGGGGCCAUUGGUGUGACAAUAUUUAUGAAGAUCUAUAAAGGCAACUUUCAAAAGCAAAUCAGUGAUAUUGGAUGGAGAAUUAAUUACAAGGAUAUCAUUCUUUUUAAUGAUAAUAAGGAAAAAUGUGACCUGCCUCAAGCAAGCACACCGGUGCCUGAAGAAGCAGAACAUGUUGGAGCUCAUUUGUUUAUUUCCAAGAGUAAUUAUUCAUCACUGAAAGACAAGCAAGGGAAAGAAGAUUUUUUCACUACAGUAGGAUUGUAUCAGGGUGUUCUUGUUGCUGUCAAGUUCAUUGAUAACCAAACAGAUGCCUGGGUUUGGAAACCAUCAGUUCUUGAAGAGAUUCAAAUGAUGAGAGAACUGAGACAUGAAAAUCUGGUGGUCUUCUAUGGGAUAUGUCCUGAAGUUCCAAAUAUCUGCAUCGUAAUGCAUUAUUGCAAGAAGGGAAGUCUAAAAGAUGUUUUGUUGCAUUCUGAUAUUGAACUGGAUUGGAUUUUCAAAAUCUCUUUUGCCUAUGACAUAGUCAAUGGUAUGUUCUUCAUCCACAACAGCCCUCUGAAGUCUCAUGGAAACUUAAAGCCUACAAACUGCCUGGUAGACAGUCGCAUGCAAAUUAAGCUCUGUGGCUUUGGCUUAUGGGAACUUAAAUAUGGAAGAAAUUCUAGAAUAAUAACAGAGGAUGAGACAAACUAUGCUGAUCUGUACUGGACAGCUCCUGAAUUGCUUAGGAUGGGGGAGUAUCCAUUUCACGGCACCCAGAAGGGUGAUGUUUACAGCUUUGCUAUUAUUAUGAGAGAAUUGAUAUACAAUCAUGAAGAUGGUCCAUUUCAAGAUCUAAAUAGGAGUGCAGAAGAAAUAAUAAAAAGAAUCAAGGACCCUAGGUCUUCUGUUCCACUGCGACCCUCUCUUUCAACAGACAAAUGUAAUAGUAUGGUAACUGAACUUUUAAAGGCAUGUUGGGAUGAAUAUCCAGAAAGGAGGCCAACAUUCCCUGAUAUAAAGACAGCACUAAGAGAAGCCAGUCCUGAUGGCCAUUUCAGUAUCUUGGACAACAUGGUUAAUAAACUGGAAAAAUAUGCAAAUCAUCUGGAAGAAGUAGUUGAAACAAGAACAACCUUGUUGUUGGCAGAAAAAAAGAAGACUGAAAAGCUUUUAUCAGCCAUGCUACCUAGCUUUAUAGGAGAACAACUUGUUGCUGGAAAACCAGUGGAACCUGAAAGCUUUGAAUCAGUCUCCAUUUUCUUCUCAGAUAUCGUUGGCUUCACCAAGUUAUGCUCUUUCAGCUCUCCCCUGCAAGUUGUCACUCUCCUCAAUGACCUGUAUAGUCUAUUUGAUAAUAUCAUUCAAAUAUAUGAUGUCUACAAGGUUGAAACUAUUGGAGAUGCCUAUAUGGUUGCUAGUGGCCUCCCCAUUCCCAAUGGAGCAAAACAUGUUGAAGAAAUUGCCACUAUGUCUUUGCAUUUUCUCAGUGCAGUUAUAUCCUUCAAAAUCAGGCACCUGCCGAAUGAGAAACUGAGGGUGCGAAUUGGAAUUCAUACAGGCCCUGUUGUUGCAGGAGUGGUAGGCAUCACAAGGCCACGAUAUUGUCUCUUUGGAGACACUGUGAACACAGCCUCACGGAUGGAAAGUACCAGUUUACCUCUGCAAAUCCAUGUUUCUAGUAUCACAGCAAAUGCUCUUCAAAGAAUUGGGGGUUACAAUUUGCAAGAAAGAGGAACUAUAAGAAUAAAGGGCAAAGGGCAGCAAAGAACUUUUUGGCUGAAAGGAAAAGCUGGAUUUGACAUGCCCCUUGCAGAUUUCAACAGCAAGUUUCAACAAGAGCUGAAGGGAAAUGUGGAGGCAGAAUCUGUAGUUAAGCACUUUACUUGACCCAAAUGUAUCAACUGACUGAGAUUAUUGCUUAUAGAUAAAUUAUAAAUGGAAUCCUGCUUGGAAAAGGAUCAUAUAGCCAUUCCUCAUGAUACUGUGUCACAUGAAGCAAUGUGACAGACUAUCAAUAUAAUACAAUCCUAUUCUGUACAUAUCUUCCUUUAGUUUAAUAGGAACUCAUAAUUGAUUUCUUCUACAAUUUUUCCUCUUCUCACAUUAAACUUCUCUUUUUAGCUUGGCCUUUUCUUAGCCUUAUGAUUUCUGAACUAACUUCUACUGGGUCACUGAUCUGUCCAUAUUAACGUUUACAUUCCAACCUAGAGAUAGCAAGGAUAGAAUUAUUCAACUCUCUUAAAUUCUGUGAUUACAUCUUGCUGUAUACAAAAUGUCUCCUGGAUACAGUACAUGUAAUAGCUCUGCCUUUUAAUACUUAAACUUUCAGUCAAAGGGAAACAGUUCAAAUCAAGGUGAUUUUCUUUAACUCUAGAAAUGUUUCUUUCCCAUCUUUAUAUUCAGAUAGUUCUGUCUUAGAGAUGAAAAAAUAAAAUCAUUUGCAAUGAAAAGAAGUAUCUGAAAUAAAAGUUUAUAACAUAUAGAAGUAGACUGAGGUGCAGUGUUCCAAAUUCAAACAAACAAACUUUGUUUUAAUUUAGAAAUGGAUUCAAAUGAAAAGAAAGUAACACUCAGAUCAGCAGGAGGCCCUCUUGAAGAUACCCCAUUGCGAGAGGUGCAACUGUCUGACAUGUGGGAAAUUUUGUAUUUCUCUCUUGUAUAGCUCCCAGGCUGUGGAACAGGCUCUUAAGGAGAUGUUCCUGGACUCUACUCUCCUAGUAUUUAGAAAUUUGGUAAAAACAUAUUUCUUUCUCCAUGUUGUUAAGUGUUAAUUGUAAUUGUUGCUUUAUUUUAAUGUUUGACAUUUAUCUGUAUUUUAGUUGUAUUGCUGUUUAGCUUAUAGUUUGUACACUUUAUACUAUUGCAGAUUGCCUUGAUUGUCAAACUGGUAGAAUGAAGGGGUAUAAAUCUAAUUAAGUAAUAAACAUCUAACCACAAUUGAGCAAGAUGUCUGUUAAGCUGUGGUAAAGCAAGGAAAAAUAACUGCUGGAUUUAAACCACACUCUCAUGUUGACAGAUGGCAAUCAAUAUCUUCAGGUGGCUUCAUUCUAGAGUCUCAUCUAGCCAUGCAAUAUUGAGUAUCUAGUUCAAGGCAAGGAACCCUACAAACUAUCUUACUAGGCUUUCAAAGAGCUAUAAAAAGAUAACUCUUUAGGAAAGUGCUUGGUGACUGGGAGGAUUAACCUAUCCCUAGCUGGUGGCAUAUCUAUAUUGUUGUGUCGUAUGAGGUCUCUCAAUAUCAAUUAUGCUUUUAAUUCAAUGCUGCCAGUGGAGGUAACUCACUUAAAACACUUGGGAACUGAAUGGCACAGAUGCAGUAGUACAUAAAUAAUUGCCUUAUAAGUCUAAUGCAGAUUUCAUUCCAGGAAGGUGCUUUGAGUUACAUGGGAGCAUAAGCAUGAUACCCAUCUGCCUCUCUCUAAAGCAGCUGGGUCUUUUUCUGUGAUCAUGUGGAUGCAUUCUGCAGCUGCUACACAAUCUUGUAAAAAACAUGGCUGCUUUAAAGACUUGAAGCCUUUAUGUGCUACGUUUGCUCCAAACUCUGAAGUAUCUUUUAGGAGUAGUAUCUAAAACAUGGCACAGCCUGUCUGAAUUGUAGUUUCGUAUUAACAGAUUUUUCAUGGUCACAUUGCUACCUUUUGAAUAGACAACCCAAAGCAAAUGUAAGGCAGGACUCUGUUUUUCAUAGGGCUAGAGCUUUUAUACGUGUUUAUACCCUUCCCACCUUCUAGAAUUACAUUUGUUUCAAUCCUAAUUUUAGAUUAUCAAAGGAUAGACCCACAAGUCAAAUUUAAAUUAAGGAAAAGCAUCCCUAGACAAUUAGUAGGAUUUUUUCUUACCUUAAAUUCCUCUCUUCAUCCACUGUUACCACUUCUGCAUAAGUGAGUCACAAGGGAAUUGUCACAAAGCCUCAUAUUACCUACUGCACAGUAUGUGUAUCUGUGCAACAUAUUUCUUGCAUGUUUUGUCUUUAUGCAAAUAUAAUAUUUGAAGUAAUCCUAGAUGCAUAAUAUCAUAGUAUUAGCUGUAUAAAGUUUGCUAUUUACACUAGUAUAAGAAAUAGUGUAAUCUUCUCCAUAUUGUCUGAGGAGACGCCUUUGUAUUUUUUAAAAAAAUGUGACUAGCAAAAUACACAACUAAGGAAAUGGUGUAGUGAAUCUCAUCAGACACAAUGGGAUUUAUUUUUACAUAAGCAAACACCCUGUGAGUGUUAAGAAUAUCUACUUAGAAAUAAACUUCUUUAAAUAUAAUUUACUGUAUAGUAGAAAUGUCAGUUCAGAAUAGUAUUUUUGAAUUAGAAACAAAGUAGUAUACGAUGAAGUAGAAAAAUCCAGGCUAAUUAUCUUUAUUUUUUUAAAAUGAAAUCUAAAUAUUCUUCUUAG